GCCAUGAAGACAAAUAAAGUCGGUACCCAGCAAUCCUUUGUAAAUAUCCCCAAAGUAGUUGUACCAGACAUUGAAAUGGCAAUAAGAAGGAUGGAAAAUGGAGCAUGCAGCUCAUUUUCUGAUGAUGACGAUGACAGUGCCUCUUUAUAUGAAGAAUCAGAAAAUGAAAACUUCUACAGAAGAAAUAACUCACACAAGAAAAGAGAACCAUCACAGAGGGAGCAGUACCUGCCUGGUGUCAUUGCACUUUUCAAUGUUAACAACAGCAGUAAUAAAGAUCAGGAGGCCAAAGAAAAGAAGAAAAAGAAGAAAGAAAAGAAAAGCAAGGCAGAUGAUAAAAAUGAAAAUAAAAAGGGCUCAGAGAAGAAAAAGAAGAAAGAGAAAGAGAAGAAAAAGAAAGAAGACGACAAAGGAAAAGACAAGAAAGAAGAGGUGAAGAAAGAAGUCAUGGUUAUUGAUCCCUCUGGAAACACAUAUUACAACUGGCUGUUUUGCAUCACUUUACCUGUUAUGUACAACUGGACUAUGAUUAUUGCAAGAGCAUGUUUUGAUGAACUUCAGUCUGACUACCUAGAAUAUUGGCUCAUUAUUGAUUAUAUCUCAGAUAUAAUCUACCUUCUUGAUAUGUUUGUACGAACAAGGACAGGUUACCUGGAACAAGGGCUGCUGGUGAAGGAUGAGAUGAAGCUCAUUAAAAAAUAUAAAUCAGAUUUACAAUUUAAGUUGGAUGUUUUAUCAAUGAUACCUACUGAUCUGCUGUACUUUAAGAUGGGGUGGAACUAUCCAGAAAUUAGGUUAAACAGAUUGUUAAGAAUCUCUCGUAUGUUUGAGUUCUUCCAGAGAACAGAAACAAGGACAAAUUACCCAAACAUCUUCAGGAUUUCUAAUCUUGUUAUGUAUAUCGUCAUCAUCAUCCACUGGAAUGCAUGUGUAUAUUACUCUAUUUCCAAGGCUAUUGGAUUUGGGAAUGACACAUGGGUCUAUCCUGAUAUUAAUGAUCCUGAAUUUGGCCGUUUGGCAAGAAAAUAUGUAUACAGCCUUUAUUGGUCUACACUGACCUUGACCACCAUUGGUGAAACACCACCUCCUGUGUUAGAUUCAGAGUAUGUCUUUGUAGUGGUUGAUUUCCUAAUUGGAGUGUUAAUUUUUGCUACCAUCGUCGGUAACAUAGGUUCCAUGAUUUCCAACAUGAAUGCAGCUAGAGCAGAAUUUCAAGCAAGAAUUGAUGCUAUAAAGCAGUAUAUGCACUUUCGAAAUGUAAGCAAAGAUAUGGAAAAGAGAGUUAUCAAGUGGUUUGACUACUUGUGGACCAACAAAAAAACAGUGGAUGAGAAGGAAGUCUUAAAGUAUCUACCUGAUAAACUGAGAGCAGAAAUUGCCAUCAAUGUUCACUUAGACACACUGAAAAAGGUCCGCAUUUUUGCUGACUGCGAAGCUGGUCUGUUGGUAGAAUUGGUCUUAAAACUACAACCCCAGGUCUAUAGUCCUGGAGAUUACAUCUGCAAGAAAGGAGAUAUUGGACGUGAGAUGUACAUCAUCAAAGAAGGCAAACUUGCCGUGGUGGCAGAUGAUGGGAUCACUCAGUUUGUGGUCCUGAGUGAUGGCAGCUACUUUGGUGAGAUCAGCAUUCUGAACAUUAAAGGCAGCAAAGCUGGAAAUCGAAGAACAGCCAACAUUAAAAGUAUUGGCUACUCAGAUCUGUUUUGUCUCUCAAAAGAUGACCUGAUGGAAGCUCUGACUGAGUACCCUGAUGCCAAAACUAUGCUAGAAGAGAAGGGGAAGCAAAUUUUGAUGAAAGAUGGGCUACUGGAUUUAAAUAUUGCAAAUGCUGGGGGUGACCCCAAAGAUCUUGAAGAAAAGGUCUCCCGAAUGGAGAGUUCUGUAGACAUUCUGCAAACAAGGUUUGCCCGGAUCCUGGCUGAGUAUGAAUCAAUGCAACAGAAACUGAAGCAGAGACUAACCAAGGUUGAGAAAUUUCUGAGACCAAUUAUUGACACAGACUUUUCAGCUAUUGAAGGAUCUGGAGUGGAAAGUGAGACCAUAGACUCUACACAAGACUAA